UCGCCGGAGCUCCGUGAUUGGUCGGCGGGCGACUUUCAAACUCCUCCCCCACUGUCGCCGCAACUCGGCGGAGUCAGCAGCCGGCCCCACAGCGGCGCGUUUUCGGGCAAACUAGCGAACCCAAGGCUCGGCAAAGCCCGAAAAUGAGUCAGUUCAAAGAGCGCUUCGUGACCCUGCUCCACGAGAAGAACUUUGUAACAGACCAGUUGGCGAAGCUGGAACAAAAAACGGGAGUGAAGAGGGAGUAUAUCGCCUUGGGUGCUCUGAGUUUUGUCGGGCUGUAUCUUCUGUUUGGAUAUGGAGCCUCACUGCUGUGCAACCUGAUUGGCUUUAUCUAUCCAGCAUAUUUCUCCAUUAAGGCCAUCGAGAGCAGUGUUAAGGAGGAUGACACACAGUGGCUGACCUACUGGGUUGUUUAUGGGCUCUUCAGCAUUGUUGAGGCCUUCUCUGACAUCUUCCUCUUCUGGUUCCCCUUUUACUAUGCUGGCAAGUGUUUGUUCCUGAUAUGGUGUAUGGCCCCGGUGACCUGGAACGGUUCUGAAAUCUUGUACAAGCGUGUGAUCCGGCCAUUUUUCUUGAAACACCAGGUUACCAUGGACAAUGUGGUCAGCGAUCUGAGUUCCAAGGCUAAGAACAUAACUGAGACUGUCACAAAGGAGGCUGUUAACCGGGCCCUCAACCAUGACAAGAACCAGUGAGAAACAUGUGGAGGCUGUGUGCGUGUGUGCAUUUAUGUGUGUCGAAAGAGUGACUGAGGGAGUGUACGUGUGUGUUUGUCAUUUUGUUGUCGGUUUGUCCUCCCCCCCCUUCCAUAACGAAUGAUGAUGAUCGACCCCCCUAUCUUGUGGUGAACUGAAGCCUAACACUCCUGAAAUUAAAUAACAACUUGUUUGUGCAUCCACAUUGCUUUACUGCUAUCGGUACUGCUAAAAUAAUCGGUGAAACUAUGACUUUUUUAUGAGAUCUUAUUUUCUUUGUUGUAGUGUGACAAAAUAAGUGGAAAGAAAUACGUUGAUAGCAGAACAUGAUUGUGUACCUGCAGGUUUCAGCAACACUGGGGGUAUAGUCAAUAUUAUGUCUAAUUGAGCCAUUUGUGACAGAAAACUGAGGCUGGUACCAAUAUGGUUAUAGAAGGAGGUUGCCUUACAAUGUGUCCAUACACAGCAUUUUCUAACACUGUAAAUCAAAACUGGAACUUUUACAUGUCAUUAGUGUCUGUGUUGCUCUUACAAGCCUUAUUCUCAUGUGCCACGCAGAAUUUAAAAUCUGACUGAGCUAUUGGGAAGGUUCUCACUUCAUUUGUUUAACUGGACGACUUCUGUCUUUUGAUAUGUCUUAAUUUAUCAUCUCAUAAUGAUGAAACAGUAAAACUGGAAUCCUGGUGAACUGCAAA